CCUUAUUUUCAUUUACGUAAUCGUUCUUAUUCAUCGGUAUUAGUAUUUAUAAUUAGUUCAUGGGCUAUUCCAUUUGCCAUAUGGCCAGGUUCAAUAUUGAUUUCACAUUAUUAUAGUACAGGAAAGCCAUCAUGUGCUCAUCCAGCAUCCCCAUUUAUUAUUGUUCUAUUAUGUACAUUUUUUUAUUAUAUACCACUUUUAUUUAUGCUUGCUUGUUAUUCAAGAAUUAUAGUCAAUAUAAAAAAUAUUGAAGUAUUAAUAAAAGAUACUUGCGAUACAAUGAAUUUAAAUUCAUCUGGUCAUGAUUUAAAACAAUCUACUACAACAACUGCAUCCCAUUUUGAUGGUUCUGCUCGAAAUGAUAAAAGUAGUAAUACAACAACAAUAACAACACCAAUUUCAUCAAUACGUACUUGUUUUUAUAAAUAUUUUCAACGAAAUAGAGCAAUAAAUUCAGUUAGAAAAGAAUCUUUACCUGCUAAUGCACAACAACUUAUAAUACAGGAAGUAGUAAAAAACCGACGAAAUUCGAAUGAAUAUCGUCAUAAUACAAAUCAAAAACGACGUUCAACUGCCGUUGGUCAAGGAAUAAUAUCAAAUUUAAUAGUAGCAAAAACAUCAUCAUCAUCAUCAUCACCAUCAGUUCCUCAUCGUCGUAUAUAUCGACAAACAACAACAGCAACAUUUAAAGGACAAAAAAGCUGUUUCAAUGAUAUUAUUGAAGAUAAUAGAUUAAAAAAGGAUUUAAUUAUUAAUCAAGAAAAAGAACAGCAAUUAGUUCGAGCAUAUAUGAACACGUAUAGAUUAUCAUUACCAGCUAUUCGCUAUGAAUCAUGUUAUUAUUAUCCACAUUCAAUUCCUACACAAACAAUAAUAACAAAAGCACUUGUUGAAAAUCAGCAUCAAAAUAUUAUUCGUGAUCAUCAAUCUGAAAAUUCACGUCCAAGCUCUUUACCAAGAGAACGUAGUCAAUCACAUACACCAUCAUCUGCUGAAUGUCAUGGUAAUGGUGGUAAUACAACCGUAGAUAUCUCAAAGCAUGAUUCAUCAUGUGAGAAUUCUCUUGAUGACGAACAUCGUCGUUUAAAUCAUCGUACUCAACAAUUAUGUUUAUCAAAACCACGUAAUUCAAGCCGUUAUAGUCAACGUGCUGUAGCAGAAUUUAUGCAUCGAAGGCAUAAAGCAUGUUUACGGCGGAAUCAAAAAGCAAGUCGAAUGCUCGGUAUGAAUAAAAAAAAUUCUUCAACAUUUUAUUUAAUUAUAAAAAAUCGAAAUUGA